UUUUUUUAUUUAACAUUAAUUAAUAGUUGUCUUAUGAAUAAAGAGGCAAGCUAAAUGAUUCCAAAUGAAAUAGCAAAUGAGACUUAAUUAAAUACAAAUGUGAUUAAUAUUAAUACCUCAAACAAUCAAACAGCUACAAGAAGUAUUAAUUCUUCUUAAAGUAAUAGGUUAGAGCGUAAAAAUAGGUUUAACUUGCCAGGAGAUCAAGCAUAUCAAUAGUCAUCACUAUUAUCAAAUAGUUAAAGUAAUAAAAUUUAAGUUCAAAGCACGAAGAAUAAACAUUCAAGUCAAGAUAGAAACCUUAAUGCUAGUAAAGAAAAAAAAAUACAACAAGAUAAUUUGCACAUUAAAGAAGAAGCUGCUAAUGAGCUAAGCAGUAUAUGCAACUCUGUAUAUAGUAAGAAAGAAUAUUAAACCAACUAAAACUAUAAUAAUUAAGAUGCUUCUCCAAAUAAAGCUAGAGUACUGUAUGGUUCUUAAAUUAUACAAGUUAGAUAAAGUUAAUAGUAGAUUGUAGAAUAAAUGAAUUGUUCGAUGUAAUCGUUUCAUUCAAAAAAAAGUAAGGAUUUGCAGGUUUAUUCUGCCCAAGAUAACAAAAUGCUUAUAUUGGAGGUAAAAAAUCCAGAAAAUAUUGAGAAACUAAAAUUAAAAAUUGAAUAAGAUGAACAAAACAAGCUUAAUUCGGGGAUUAAAAAUAAAAGUUAAAUAAAUGUGUAAGACAAUAAUAAAGAGCAACUAAGAUAAUAAGAUGACUAAAAUAGUGUUUUAAAAGAGACAAAUAAUGUGCUUUCAUGUAAGAUAUGUCUAGAAGAGGGUGAUUCCGAGAAGUAAGGAAAAAUCUUCACCCCUUGCUAAUGCACAGGAACUUGUAAAUGGAUUCAUGAAGAAUGCUUAAAAGAAUGGAUUAUUUCGAGAUAUGUUCAUUUAUAAACUAGCAAUAAUCCCAGAGAUUUUCUAAAAGCCGAAUGUGAAAUAUGCAAGUACAAGUACAACAUGAAAUUCGAAACACAACAUAAAUUUUAUAAGAAUAAUGUUUGUACUAAAAAUGGCAAGAAAAAUUUUAUUACUUGUCUUUGUUCAAUGCUUUGCAUAGUCGCUUAUAUUGUCUGUAUGCUAUUCUUUUUAGUAAUCAACAAUAGCAGUAGUGGUUCAAGUAGUAACUCUAACAAUUAGAACAAUAGCAAUUCUAAUCAAAACAACUAAGGAAAUGUUUAGUAAUCUAGCAGUAGUAGCUCUAAUGUGUAAUCUUAUCAAUAUGCUCUGAUUAUAGUUUGUUCACUACUUAUCUUACUAUCUCUAAUUGUAUGCAUUGUUAGUGCUCGUUAAGCUUUCUUUAGAAGAAGUAUUAGUAGAUGGUUAAUAUUUAAAUAUGAUCCUAUUUUAAACAAAGUAUAAAAUAAUAAUCAAAGUUAAAAUAAUAACUAAAAAUAAUAAUUAAAUAAUUAAAAUUCAAAUUAGCAACCAGGCUAUCCUCCUAACGAUGAUAGAAAUUUAAGAUUUUAUUAUAACGGCUAAGUUUUUAAUACUAACUUGAGAGACAGUGUACCUGUUAAUUAGCAAAGAUAUCAUGUUAGAAGAUAAGUAAAUCCUAAUAGAAAUAAUUCUAUGAGAAGAGAACCUUCAACUUAAGACUAAAGCUAAUUAUUUAACUUAAGGAAUAGUGAUCUUGCAGCAAGAUAAAACCAAUAAAACUUAAUACUUGUAUAAGAUUAAAAUGCCCUGUAAAGUAAUCGUGUAAAUGUGGAAAAUGAUGAAGCUAUGUCUUAGAACGUAAGCGCAAGACAAGUAUAAAACAAUGAAAUAGUCAGAGUUGAUAAUAAUAGAUAUAAUGUUAAUAUUGAUGAUGAAAGUUUUGAAUAUUUUAACAAUUCUUAAGAUAUGGUCGUUUACCAAUUUAAUAAUAACAAUAAUAAUUAAAGAUAAUCUAAUUUCAACCUAGCUGACAAUUAUUGA